AGAGAUUUGUAGAGAGAGCUGUACGGAGAGAGAGAGAGUUGUAGAGAGAGAGAUUUGUAGUAAGAGCUGUAGAGAGAAUGUCUGCAGAUUGUGGGAGGGAUUCGUCGGUGGGUGACCCUGGGGAGCAGAUGGUCGAGGUGGGGGAGCAGCAGGGUGACCCUGGGGAGCAGCGGGGCGAGUUUGGGGAGCAGCAAGGUGAGUUUGGGGAGCAGCGGGGCGAGUUUGGGGAGCAGCAGGGUGAGUUUGGGGAGCAGGAGGGCGAGGAGUCGGACUCGGACAUGGAGCCGGUGGUGCUGUGGGUCCCGAGCGGCCGGAGGCUCCUGUCAGGGCUGCUGGGGCUGAACGUGGUGCUGCUCGGCGCCGCCCUGGUGGCCAGCCAGGCCUUUAACCCCACGGGGCUGCGGAACCAGGAGCCACAGGCCUUCCUGCUGCUGGUGAUGGGCCUGAGCCUGAUCUGGAUGCUGUGGUACCUGCUCUGGGCCCGGGCACAGCCUGGCCUCUCCCCCCACAUCGACCACCACGCCGGGAGCAUUGCCGUCACAGUGGUCCUCAUGGUGCUUGCAGGCUUCAGUGUCCUCCUGCACAUCUUCAGGAUGUGGUACAACGCCAUGAUGGUGGGGUGCAAACCCGCCACUAAAAUCCUGGCCCCCAUUAUCGAGGGCCCUUUCCUGGCUCUACAGACAUACCUACUCUGGGCUCACUCUAAGGAUUGCAUUCAAAAGCACAAGAUCCAGACCAGGUCCGGGCUGAUUCUCACUCUCUGUGCGGAUGUCCUGCUGUGGCUGAACGCUGUGACCGAGGACACGGUGCACAUGGAGAUCGAGCUGGAGCGCGAGAUAGCCGGGGUGCAUGAGGACGAGACCUACGACACCGAGAGCUUCGAGCCGGGUAACGGAACGCUGUGUCAGUGUGGGGCCUAUGUGCUGUGCCUGGUGUUCCGGAAGGGCUUUGAGGUUCUGUACCCCUUCAACAUGGAGUACUACCUGAUGGCCAGCUGCUUGCUUUACGUCAUGUGGAAGAACGUGGGGCGCAGGACGGACCCCCGCCACCCCGAGCCCCCGGCCCGCAGGUUCACCCUGCGCAUGGUGCGCAGGAGCGGGGUGCGGGUGGGGCCGCUGGCAGGGGGCGUGGUCCUGCUGGUGGGCGUGGUCCUGUUCGUCCUGUACCAGGUGUGGGUGGGGCAGCGGGAGCAGCGCAGGGCGGCCUUCCUGCUGUUCUACGGGUACCACCUGGUGCUGGUGCCCCUCAUGGUGCUGGCGUCGCUGGCGGGCACGCUGGUGCAGGCGCUGGAGAGGCGGGGUCAGGGCCGGAGGAAGGGCGGCUGGGAGCCGGGGCAUAACCCCGCCCGCAGCCUGGACGUGCUGCUGCUGCUGGGGGCCGCUCUGGGCCAGCUCGCCCUCUCCUACUUUUCGCUGGUCGCCGCGCUGGCCGUGGGGCCCCAGGGCAUGAUGGGAAACCUGGACCUGGCCUACUCUCUUCUCAGCCUGCUGGAGCUCAUCCUGCAGAACGUCUUCAUCAUCGACGGCCUCAACGGCCACCAUGGCAUAGGCUCCGCCCACAGCUCCACCCCCAGUACCAAGAAGAAAAACUUCAGCAAGGCUGUGGAGGAACUGCCAGGGGGACUCACUCUGUUAGAGCCAGACAAAGCAGCAAGAGCGCCCUCUGUGGAUGGAACAGAGAGUGGCAGGAAACCCUGGACCAGACGAGUCAAAAAGGAGAUCUGUGCUUUCCUCAUUCUGUCCAAUAUAAUGCUGUGGGUGAUCCCAGCCUUCGGCGCGCACCCCCAGUUUGAGAACGGCCUGGGAAAGCAGUUCUUCGGAUUCACGGCCUGGUUCAUCCUGGUGAACCUGGGCCAGCCGCUGGGGGUGUUCUACCGGAUGCACUCUGUAGGAGCCCUGAUGGAGCUGCUCCUCACCGCCUGACCCGCCCCGCCCCGACCCAAUCCGCCCCAGCCCCAUCCGGCCCCAUCCGGCCCAAUCCAGCCCCAUCCAGCCCCAUCCGGCCCCAUCCGGCUCGGGAUUCCACACCAGCCUCUGCUCUCAUUCAACCAGCCAAUCAAUUCCCUUCUUA